UUUAAUUUUUCCUUGUUAGAAGUUGCAGAGAGAGUCAGGUAGAUAGAAUAGAACCAAAGAAGAGAAGAGAAGACAGGUCUAAGAGUAUUCUUCUUCUUCAUCUUUUUCAGUCCACUGCUCUUCUCUCUUCCCAAAAUUCUCGAGAAACUCCGACUUUCUCGCUCUUUUCUAACCCUAAUUCCACAAUCUUAUCCUGCAUUUCGAUUCACCAACCUCUUCUAUUCUUCCUCACCUGAAUAAAGUUUAAGCUUUAUUUGAAUCUGUAUUUAUCUGUGGAAGUUCAAUUCCAGCUCCAUUUCAUUUGGGUUUUUUUUUAAUUAUUAUUUUUACAAAAUUUCCUUUUUUGAAGAUUUGGGCUUCUUUUUGUUUUGUAUUUUUUAUUGUGUUUGUUUCUAAUUCGGGACGUUGUGGGAGUCCUUUGGGUGGGGUUUGACAAAGUUUGAGAAUUGAAGGAUCUGGGGUCUUCGUUUUGGGGGAUCGAAUCUUGAUCUGCUCGGUCGUUUUGGUUUAAUUAUUAUCGGUUUGGAUCCGAUCAGGGGAGAAACAGCGCCAUCAGAUGGCGCUGUUCAGAAGGUUCUUUUAUAGGAAGCCGCCGGAUCGGCUUCUGGAAAUCUCCGAGAGGGUCUAUGUGUUCGAUUGCUGCUUCUCCACUGACGUGUUGGAAGAAGAUGAAUACAAAGUGUACUUGGGUGGCAUUGUCCCGCAGCUACAGGAUUACUUUCCUGAUGCUUCCUUUAUGGUUUUUAACUUCAGAGAAGGGGUGAGGCGAAGCCAAAUAUCGGACGUGUUGUCUCAGUAUGACAUGACAGUAAUGGAUUACCCACGACAAUACGAGGGAUGCCCACUUCUACCGCUGGAGAUGAUCCAUCACUUCCUUCGAUCAAGUGAAAGCUGGCUGUCAUUGGAGGGACAGCAAAAUGUGUUGUUGAUGCACUGUGAAAGAGGUGGAUGGCCUGUCCUUGCUUUCAUGCUAGCAGGUCUUUUGUUGUACCGGAAACAGUACAAUGGUGAACAAAAGACACUCGAGAUGGUUUACAAGCAGGCUCCUAGGGAACUUCUUCAUCUGUUAUCUCCUUUAAAUCCACAGCCUUCACAGCUGAGAUAUCUUCAGUACAUCUCUAGAAGAAAUUUGGGUGCUGAUUGGCCUCCAUCAGAUACCCCUCUCCUUUUAGACUGUCUGAUACUUAGGCUCAUUCCUCUUUUUGAUGGGGGGAAAGGUUGCCGGCCUGUUAUAAGGGUUUAUGGUCAAGACCCUUCAACACCAGCCAACAGAAGUUCGAAGCUUCUGUUUUCAACAACAAAGACAAGAAAACAGAUUCGCCUUUAUGGACAGGCAGAAUGUCUGUUGGUGAAGAUUGAUAUCCAUUGCCGUAUUCAAGGGGAUGUUGUUCUUGAGUGUAUCCACUUGGAUGAAGAUCUUGUACGUGAGGAGAUGAUGUUUAGAGUUAUGUUCCAUACAGCAUUUGUGCGAUCAAAUAUAUUGUUGCUUAAUCGUGAUGAAAUUGAUGUUUUGUGGGAUGCCAAAGACCAGUUUCCCAAGGACUUUAAAGCAGAGGUACUUUUUUUGGAUGCUGAUGCCGUUGUCCCUGAUAUCACCACAGUGGUGGCAAGUGAAGAUGGAAAUGAGAAUGAAAGUGCUUCACCAGAGGAAUUUUUUGAGGUUGAGGAGAUUUUUAGCAGUGCAGUGGAUGGGACAGAAGGGAAGGGGGACUUGGAUACCCCUAGAACUCGCCACACCAGGCCAGAAGAGUCAGUUCACAAAGAAGUUUGGAAGGAAGAUUUUGAUCCUCACACAUUUCAAGACUGUCCAUCGGAUGAUGGAAACUACAAACUUGAUAGAAAGGUGGAUUCUAAUAUAGAUGCUGUAAAGGACAUUGCAGUGGAUGAUGUUAAAUAUAAGCUGGAUGAUAAGGUGGAUUCUGAUAUUAAUGUAGUAAAAGAUAUUGCUGUGGACGAGGGAGAUGCCAAAAUAAAUGCCAUGUUGGUUAGUGAGGAGAUGACGAGACAUGGCAUAACCAAGGAAGUGAAAGGAGAUGCUAAUGGAAAAUUUGAAGAGAUGGACAACGAAAUUGAUGAAGACACUGCUAUGGAAAAGAGGUUGGAUUCCAAGGUUUCACAGCAAAAAUCAAGUGUUGAUAUCACUAGACAAAAAUUUGACAAAUUGCAGUCUGUCACUAGGAAACAGCCAACUUCAAACACAAAAUCAGCAGCAGAUACAAGUGUAGCAAAACACAAGACUAAGCAGCAAGAAUCUCAGGGUAAAUCGACAAAGCCAACAGUAUCUAGGUGGAUACCGCCAAACAAAGGCUCUUAUGUGAACUCAAUGCAUGUGUCAUAUCCAACAAAUGCAGUGCAUGUAGCAUAUCCACCUUCAAGAUAUAAUAGUGCACCUGCUGCUCUUUCCAGCUCAGCUACUUCGAAGGAGUCUAAUGCAAAUACAAAAUCAAGGGCAGCUUCCCUUAGUUCCAUUGUGACAAAUGUGGUUUCCAAUGAUCUAGCAAAUGAACAAAAAAUUCAUAAGGUGGAUAGUGUAAAGCCUUUAGACUCUAUGCAAAGUAAGCUUGUGCAGAGCCAGCCAUCAUUAGUUCAAUCAAUUGAAGAGACUGCUUCGUUAUCUCCAGUUUCAACAUCAUCAGUUCAAUCUAUCCAAAAAACUACUUUGUCCCAAGUUUCUACAUUGACACGUGUUUCUCAACAACAAACAGUACCUACUCCCCAACCUAAAACAGUUGUGCCACCUCCACCUCCACCACCACCACCACCGCCGCCUCUUUCCAAUAGUUCGUUCCUAAAUGUGCUUUCUACUAAGUCUUUAUCAUUGUCUUCCCUAGCUUUGAGAGUAGAUGCUGCACCUCCUCCACCCCCACCCCCGCCCCCGCCUCCGCCACCGCCACCGCCACCAUUUUCAAGUAGUAACACAUCUUAUGUAAAGCCAUCAUCCAUGUCAUUGACUCCACCUCCACCACCCCCACCCCCACCCCCACCCCCACCACCCCCACCCCCACCCCCACCCCCACCACCACCACCACCACCACCACCACCUUCUUUGUCCAAAACUCUCAUGCUCUCUAAUGGACCUCCCCCUCCCCCUCCACCACCACCCCCUCCUUUUUCAUCUAGUAGGCAAAGUAGUGGGGCUUUGUUGCCUCCAUCGCCAUCACCUUGGAUGUCUAUAUCUUCUCUUGUUAGUGCAACAAGUUAUCAACCACCUCCACCCCCACCCCCACCUCCUUAUUCCCUUAAUAUGUUAAGUACAUCAACACAUACUAAUAAUAGAGUUGGAAUACCAAGCCCCCCUCCUCCUCCACCUACCCGUGGUAGUCCAUCUCCACCUCCACCUCCACCCAUGCGGCCACCACCACCACCACCACCUCCUUUUCUGCCUUCUCGUGGAGCUUUGCUCCCACCUUCUUUGCCUGGAGUAGCACCACCACCGCCACCUCCACCUCCUUCACAUGGAGCUCCACCUCCACCACCUCCACCUCCAAUGUAUGGAUCACCACCACCACCACCUCCACCACCUCCAACACGUGGAGGUCCACCCCCACCACCAUUGCGUGGGGGCCCAACUCCACCAUCGCCUCCUGCAAUGCCUGGAGUUCCACCACCACCACCUCCUCCAAUGCGUGGGGCACCACCGCCACCGCCACCGCCACCUCCAAUGCGUGGGGCUCCACCUCCACCUCCACCUCCAUUUAGUGGAGCUCCACCUCCUCCGCCACCUCCAAUGCGUGGAGCACCACCUCCACCUCCUCCACCGGGAGGUCGUGCUUCAGGGCCUCCGCCUCCACCUAGACCUCCAGGUGGCGCACCACCUCCACCUCCUCCUGCUGGUGCCAAAGGAGCAAUUCCUGAUGCAAGAGGCCUAUCUGCAGGGAGGGGGCGUGGGCUUUCACGUCCUAUAGGGAUGGGGGCCGCUGCUGCUGCCCCUCGAAGAUCUUCAUUAAAGCCACUGCACUGGAGCAAGUUUACAAGAGCAUUGCAAGGAAGCUUGUGGGAAGAAUUGCAAAGAUAUGGGGAUCCUCAAAUUGCUCCAGAAUUUGAUGUGUCAGAGAUAGAGAGUCUUUUCUCUGCAACAGUCCCUAAACCUGCUGAUUCAGGGGGUAAAGCUGGAGGGCGUCGUAAGUCUACUGGAUCCAAAACUGACAAAGUUCACCUGAUUGACCUGAGGAGGGCAAACAACACUGAAAUUAUGCUCACAAAAGUUAAGAUGCCGCUUCCUGAUAUGAUGGCUGCAGUGCUAGCAAUGGAUGAAUCAGUAUUAGAUGUUGAUCAGGUGGAAAAUCUAAUAAAAUUUUGUCCUACUAAAGAGGAGAUGGAACUUCUCAAGGGUUACACAGGUGACAAGGAGAGCCUGGGAAAGUGUGAACAGUAUUUUAUGGAGUUGAUGAAAGUUCCUAGAGUGGAAUCAAAAUUGCGAGUGUUCUCUUUCAAGAUUCAGUUCAACUGUCAGAUUUCAGAAUUUAAAAAGAGUUUGAACACUGUGAACUCUGCAUGUGAAGAGGUCCGGAGUUCCCUCAAAUUAAAAGAUAUUAUGAAGAAAAUUCUCUUUCUGGGUAAUACUUUGAACCAAGGGACUGCAAGAGGUUCUGCAAUUGGAUUCAAGUUGGACAGUCUUUUAAAGCUUAGUGAUACACGUGCUUCUAACAGCAAGAUGACACUCAUGCAUUAUCUUUGCAAGGGUCUUGCUUCUAGGUCAACAGGACUGCUUGAUUUUCACAAAGACCUUGUCAGCCUUGAACCUGCAACAAAGAUACAAUUGAAGUCUUUAGCAGAAGAAAUGCAAGCUAUAAUAAAGGGAUUAGAAAAGGUCAAGCAGGAGCUGGGUGCAUCGGAAAAUGAUGGUCCUGUGUCUGAGGUUUUUCGUAAGACAUUGAAAGGAUUCAUUACUGUUGCUGAGACGGAGGUGGCUUCUGUGACUAACCUAUACUCUGUGGUGGGUAGGAAUGCUGAUGCACUUGCAUUGUACUUUGGUGAGGAUCCUGCACGUUGUCCAUUUGAGCAAGUGACAGCAACUCUAUUGAACUUUAUAAGAUUGUUUCGGAAAGCGCACGAGGAAAAUUGCAAACAGGCUGAAUUGGAGAGAAAGAAAGCAGAGAAGGAAGCUGAAAUGGAGAAAGCUAAAGGCAUUAACCUCACAAAAAAGGCAGCUAAAUAGGUGGUAAUCAGUUUUUUGUUUCCUACCCCUACACGAGAAAUUGAGCUCUUGCCUCCAUCGGAGGUCUGCCUGCCGCAGUGGUUGCUAGGUUGAUACCGAAGGAAUCAACAAAACAGGGUUAAUGGCGGAGUAGACAUUGCACUAGGACCAUGUUAGAUGUGUCCCUUUCCUCUGGCAUUGGUGCAAAGUUAAGCCCAACCAAAGAUGAUUUGAUUUGAGCCAAAGGAAAGGGAGAUAUCAUCGGAGCUAGUAAGCCCAAAACAAGAAGCUUAGCAUUGCAUGCUCGACGAAUGAUUGUACAAUCGGAUGAUCGUGAUCAACUUACAUUUAGAUCUCUCAGGUGGACUGAAAUUUGGAACAAAUUGGGCGAUGAUCACCCUACUGAUUGGCUGAGAUUCAAAAGGCUUUCAACAUGGGGGUGAUUGCCAUCCUGAUGUUGGGUCUGCCCCGUCAAAGCCAUCAUGGUGAUAGCAUGUAGGCGAUACGGUUUUCUCUGCUUUCACCGUUGAUUUGACAUAAUAUUUUCCAGCUCCAGAUAUACAUUGUAAAGCACUCCUUUCGACUGUACCAUCAAAACCGUGUACAAAGCUCUAACCACUUAGCAUAGAAGUUGAUUCAUUUUUCAUGUAACAUAUGAGUUAGUUCCUCUUUUUUCUUCUUCCCUUAAAGUGAAAUUUUGGAUAGGAAACCCCAUCAAAAUGUAGAUCUCUUGUAUAGAUUUGUUCAGGUUAGAAGAGAAAUUAGAAAGAAAAAAGAGAAGUAAAAGUAAAAGUAAAAGUAAAAGAAAAAGAAAGAGAAAAAGAGGGGUUGUAAUUGUAAAAUAACUGAUAAGUAUAGGUUGUGAGGUAGAAACUGCUUGUUUCUUUCAUUUUGGCUCUCUUAUUUUGGCAGUCAAUAUAUUCCAAUUCAUUAAUGGGUACAAGUGGUUUCUUCGUUUUCA